AUGCAAGCAGUCAAGUCAGUCAAGUGUGUCGUUGCUGGUGAUAAUUGCGCUGGUAAAACUGAACUUUUGAUAUCUUACACAACCAACGUAUUUCCUGGUGAAUAUAUUCCUACUGUUUUUGAUAAUUAUCUAGUUACUGUCAUGUAUAAUGGUAAACCAUUACAUUUAGGUUUUUGGGAUACAACUGGUCAAGAAGAUUACAAUCUCCUUCGUCCUCUCUCGUAUCCUCAAACAGAUGUAUUUUUGGUCUGUUUUUCUGUAGCCUCGCCAGCUUCUUUUGAAAACGUCAAAAGUAAAUGGAUUCCUGAGAUUCGCCACCAUUGCCCAGAAAUUCCAUACCUGAUUGUUG